GGCCCGGCUCUUAACUCCUUGAACCCCGGGCACCGCCUGAUGCCGCCUGAGGAGAAAGCCGGUGCCACAGCGGCCCCAAGGCGCUGAGUAAGAAAAGAUUGUGUCCUUGGCAGAGGAAAAGCAGCGCAGGCAUCUUCGAUCUCCGGAGGGUGGAGAGGCGGAGGCAAUAUGGCAGCGCCCAAGCCAGCUGUGUUCACCGAAAAACUGAGCCACAAGAAGUACAGGGCUGCCCUGAAAAAGGAGAAAAGGAAGAAAAGGCGGCAGGAACUCGCUCGACUGAGAGAUUCAGGAGUGUCACAGAAAGAGGAAGAGGAAGACACGCUUUUUGAAGAAAAGCAAUUAAAAGAAGAACUACAAUUGGAGAAAGAAAGACAAUUAUUACAUGAAGAGUGGUUACUGAGGGAACAGAAGGCACAAGAAGAAUUCAGAGCAAAGAAGAAAAAAGAAGAGGCAGCUAGAAAACGGAGGGAAGAGGAAGAGAGAAAGUUAAAGGAAGAAUGGGAAGAACAACAGAGAAAAGAGAGAGAGGAGGAAGAGCAGAAACUGCAGGAGAAGAGAGAGCGAGAGGAAGCUGUGCAGAAGAUGCUGGAUCGGGCUGAAAAUGAGUUGGAAAAUGGUGGCCCCUGGCAGAACCCAGAACCUCCCAUGGAUGUAAGAGUACUGGAAAAAGAUCGAGCCAAUUGUCCAUUCUACAGUAAAACGGGAGCUUGCAGAUUUGGAGAUAGGUGUUCACGUAAACAUAACUUCCCCAUGUCGAGUCCCACCCUUCUUCUUAAGAGCAUGUUUACAACGUUUGGAAUGGAGCAGUGUAGGAGAGAUGACUAUGAUCCCGAUGCAAGCCUGGAGUACAGUGAGGAGGAGACCUACCAGCAAUUCUUAGACUUCUAUCACGAUGUGCUGCCGGAGUUCAAGAAUGUGGGCAGAGUGAUUCAGUUUAAGGUCAGCUGCAACUUGGAACCUCAUCUGAGGGGCAAUGUGUAUGUUCAAUACCAAUCGGAGGAAGAAUGCCAAGCAGCCUUUUCUGUUUUUAAUGGGCGAUGGUAUGCGGGACGACAGCUUCAGUGUGAAUUCUGCCCAGUGACCCGGUGGAAAAUGGCAAUUUGUGGUCUAUAUGAAUUACAGCAGUGCCCAAGAGGAAAACACUGCAACUUCCUUCAUGUGUUCAGAAAUCCCAACAAUGAAUUCAGGGAAGCUAAUAGAGACAUUUACCUGUCUCCAGAUUGGACUGGGUCCUCCUUUGGUAAGAACUCUGAGAGGAGAGAGAGGACAAGCCACCAUGAUGAAUACUAUAGCAGGUCGAGAAAAAGGAGAAGCCCUAGCCCAGACGUCUCCUACAAGAGAAAUGGGGAGUCUGAAAGGAAGGGUAAUAGGAAUCACAGGGGGAAAAAAUCUCACAAACACCCGACAAGGAGUCGAAAGAGGCACAGCUCACCAAGUAGGGGGAAGAAAAGGGACUACAGCCUGGUCCGGAAGUCAGAGCCGAAGGAGACGACGGAGCCGGAGCCGGAGCCGGAGCCGGAGCUCAUCCAGGUCCUGGAGUCGUGGCGCGAGGAGAUCAGAUAGCAGAGACAGAACCAUCUAGAGUCCCAAAUCCAAAUAUACUUGCUUUGUUCUUAAAUGUCUGUCUGUCUUUUUAUAGCGCCUAUAUACCUGGAUAGGUAAUUUACAUGUCUAGCCAAAUCCUGAAAUCUUUUUUAAAAUUUUUAUUAUUUUUAUUUUAAGUAAGUGCACCUGUGUCAUGCAAUGCCCUCGGA